CUGGCGACUGGCAGCCCGUCGCGGACUGACGCGCGCAGCGAACGUCUCGCAAUUGUGUCGAUUUCACCUCCAGUUAUAAACAAAUCAUAUAACAGAAACCUACCACGCGAAUAUAACGUAUCACUUAGCGUCCCAUCACUAAUGCGGUCAAUAUUUUUAUUCGAAAUCUAGACGGUUGCAGUGAAUUAGAUACCGCAAUAAUCGUGCUGGGUUAAAAGGUGUAUUUUAGUGUUCUGUGUUACGAGUGAAAGGUGAUCUCUUGCGGUUUUGUGAUUUUGUGACUGUGUUGUGACCAAUUGGCACUAUUUAAUUGGAAGUGAGGUCCGAUAUCCACGCAUCUCGGGGAAUUUAAGAUGACUUAAGCUCAUCGGAGCUAGUCCGGUACAGCGAGGCGGAGCCUUUUAUUUCUUCAGCUGAUCGUACAUGAUCGUUUAGUAUAGGAUGCCGGCGCUCCGGCUGCUGGGGCGAAAAUGGCUAGCUGCCUCAGAUGAUCUUGUUUUUCCAAGUAUCUUUGAACUUCUCUUUCGAUUCGUUUGGCUAGUCCUAAUAGCGCUGGUAGUGGAAGUCCUCUACCCCGUAACAUGGCAGUGCCAGACGGAGGGCUGGCAUGGAGGGUCGUUCGUGCGGUUGUACCUCUGCGGGACCCUGGCCCUCCAGGCCUGUCUGAUGCUGCUGCUGUCGGGCCUCGCGCAGCAGUCCGCGAGAGGCACCAUCACAGACACGGAUGCGAGGAAACUCGUAUCGCCUUUAUUAUUAGUUAAAGUAUUUUUAGUGAUACCAGAAGUAGCUCUGAACGUGAUGGGGACCAUGUGGAUGUUCUGUGAUGUGAUUGAAUGUGAUGUAAAGGACAAGUUCUCAAGUAUAGUCAUCCAGAGUAUAGUAUUAUUUAAUUGGGUACAAUUGGGCCUAACAGUAUUUGGAUUGUUCAUGGUAUUCGAUCCGCUGGGGUCUGUGAACUACGACGACAUGCAAGAUACGCCAAACCAAGCCAGACAUCACAGGAAGGUCACUGGUCUGUGGUCUCGGAGAUUUCGGUGGGCUUUUUGUUGGCUCAAGAGGGACGAACAUGGGAAAGAAGCUUUCCAACAAGUUGCUGCGCUACUGAGCGCUUUGUUCAGGUCAACGGACCUGGUCCCUUCAGACGUGGUGGCUGGCUGCGUGUUGCUGAGGGUCCGACAGAAACGCGAGACCAGAGAAAUGCGACGGAUACAAAUGCUCAACGAUGAAGAGCCGAUAUACACCACUGAUGUAAACAAGGUGUUCUCGGAGACACCGCCGUGGAUGAAUCUGGAUGACGCAUUGCAUUAUUUGAGGCUAUCUAUAGCAGCAUACGGAUGGCCGUACGUCAUCUAUCGGCAUUGUUUCACCGGAUUCUGUAAAUUGGCGAGGCAUUUGACGUGCUGUUGUUGUCGGCCAAAGAACUCGAUAGUCACGGAUGACAACUGCUGUCUGUGCCAUUUCGCCGGAGUCAAGUACAUGUCCAAACUAUCCGCGGAUGACAUCAUCUUCGCGUCCUUCAAUAAUCGCGUGUUUGAACUACCAUUCUGUGUGAUCGCGGACCACGACCGGGAAAGCAUAGUAGUGGCGAUACGAGGUUCUAUAUCUUUGAGCGAUAUCUUCACUGAUUUCACCGCUGGCUCUGAACGAUUUGAAGCUGAUGGAUUACCAGAAGGGACGGCAGCUCAUAAGGGUAUGUCUAUGGGUGCUGCAAAGAUGCUGCGUCGAUUAACACCGGUACUAGAAAGGGCCUUCCAACAGUUUCCACAAUAUGACCUAAUACUAACAGGUCACAGUCUCGGAGCUGGAGUCGCAGUAUUAGUGGCAUUAAAAUUAAGACCACGCUAUCCUCAUUUGAAAGUGUUCGCGUUUUCUACACCCGCCGGGCUCAUUAGCCGUGAGGCGGCGCGCUACACCGAGAGCUUCGUACUGACGGUGGGCGUCGGGGACGACCUGGUGAUGCGGCUCAGCGUGCACAGCAUAGAGAACUUGCGCACCAAAGUGAUACAGACUAUACACGCCACUAAACUGCCCAAGUAUCGGAUAAUGCUGAACGGUUUCGGCUACGCGCUGUUCGGCGUGCCGGCCCGCGACCUCGAGUCCACGUGGCGGCGGCCGGAGGAGCUGGAGGCCAACCACUCGGACGACUCCGACGCGCUGCUGCUGCAGGGCGUCUCCACCGUGAGUGCUGAAGCCGCACUUGUAUCCCGUAAUGUGUUUGCGCGACGAUUUUCCACAGCGAGGUUAUUUACGGCCGGCAGAAUAUUGCACAUUGUUCGACGCAAGCGCAUGGGUAUUGAAAAGAAAGUGCGCAUCCAAGAGCCGACAUACGAAAUGCGAUGGGCGUGCCCCGAGGACUUCAUGGAGUUACAAGUGAUGCCUCGCAUGUUACUUGACCAUCUCCCAGAAAACGUUCAUCGCACCAUAGAAACUAUUGUGACAGAAAAACACCACUACCGGGUAACACAAGUAGUAUAGGCUAUUAGACCAUUUAUUUGUACCUACGUAUGCUCUUUAGGCAAUUUUUGAUGUCUAUAUCCAAUCGGGAAUAAUUCCAAAUAUGACCAAUCUUUCUACUCUUAUAUACUCACAAUUAGAACAACUCUUGGGCACACUGGGACUUUACAGAUGUAUGGAAAAUAGAAUUCUCAUCUACAUAUAAGUAGUAUUUUUCUCCGUGCAAAACCUUACGUGUCUCAUAAAUAGCAGAAUAAUAAUUAGAUACUUGAAGGGUCGAAAGAACAUGAAUGUACAUUAUUUUAUUUUUGUAAAUAUCAAUAUGUUUGUACUGUUUAUUUGUAAAUAUUUUCCUAAAUAUUCUUUACCGUACAUUAAAGGUUAGGAAUAAGUGUAAUGUGAGAAGACUGUGAUGACGAUUAAUUAUGAAAUUUUACUAUCAAAGCUGGAGGGGGUUGUUAUAGAAGCAAGUGUAUAUAGAUACAAAAUUAGUUUUAAGUAUAAUCGUGACAAUGACCGGUGCAAGAUGUGUUUUAAUAUGUUUAAGCUUAGUCGAACACAAAAUUAUAUAUUUUUAUUAGAAGAUAAUAAGGUCAGCUUAUGAUGGAGUUGUGAACUCACAAAAUUUAUUUGCUCAAAUUCGAAAAUUCUUUAUUAAACGUUAAAUUGUCUAUAGUUUGUUUUAACGGUUCUGGAUAAGGGCCUGAUAAGCACCACCAUGCGAUAGUCCAAGAUUUCUUGAUGACUUCAUAUCCGAUUAUUUAUGUAAAAUAGCGUAAACCAGAUAUUUUAUCUUCUUAAUGAAAUUUUUACAUAAUUUUUCUAAAAUCGCUAUGUUGGUGUUAUAUUAGGUCUGAAUGCAGUUUCACACAUGCACGAUACAUUUAAAAUGUUUUCUUCUUUAAAUAUGUUAUAACAAUUUUGAACGCAUUAGAGCAAUGAUUUCGCUGU